UGACAGUGAUGGCACCCCCCCUGACACUUCAACCAUUGCUACCAUCAAAACCGGAAAGGAAAAACGUUCCAGAAAAUCUAUACAGGAACCAUUCUGGAGGAAGGCCGUGGGAGCUCCAUUAUGAUUCCGCAAGUAGUGACCAAUGAGACCAUCACAGUGAUUUCGCCAAAUGGAAUCAACUUUCCCCAAACAGACAAACCCCAGCCUUCCCACCAGUGGCAAGACAGCUUGAAGAAACAUCUAAAGGCAGAGAUCAAAGUGAUGGCGGCAAUCCAGAUUAUGUGUGCUGUGAUGGUGUUGGUUCUGGGAAUCAUUUUGGCAUCUGUUCCCUCCGUCCCACAUUUUACCUCAGUGUUUUCUGUCCUUUUAAAAUCUGGCUACCCAUUCGUAGGAGCUUUAUUUUUUAUUGUCUCUGGAAUUCUGUCCAUCAUCACAGACACAAAGUCAACAAAAACUUUGGUCGAUGGCAGCCUGACUCUGAACAUCCUGAGUGUUUCCUUUGCUUUCAUGGGCAUCAUUAUCAUCUCUGUCAGCCUGAAUGGUUUGCAUCCUGCCUCAGAGCAGUGCAUGCAGAGCAAGGGGCUUAGAUCAACUGAAUAUCAUUACUACCAACCUUUCUACAACACAGGCAGGAAUGAGUGCACCAUCACCAUGUCUGUUCUGGCUGGAGUGUUUUCGCUGAUGCUGAUCAGUACUCUGUUGGAGCUUGGCCUUGCUGUCCUCACUGCCAUGCUGUGGUGGGAACAGAGUCACUCUUACUUCCCUGGGAAUGUGAUUUUCCUGCCUCAUAACUCAAAUAAUGAAUCCAACAUGGAAUCAAAGGCACUUUGUAACCCUGCAUAUGAGGAACAAUUGGUUUGUUAAGAAAAACAAAACAAAACAAGAUACCUCCCAAACAAAUGAAACUACAGAGGACAUGUCUUCAUUAGAAUACAGAAAAUCCAACUAUCACAAGGUAGCCAUGCUUGUUACCUAAAAUGUACAGUAAAUGCCAGUAUGAGCUGAGUGGGUGUGUUAGUGGCACCCUAUUGAUUUUCAUGACCUUGGCUUCUGCCAAAGCUCAGACCUACAAAUAGUGGCCAGAGUCCCAGGUAUUUCUUAGAAAACUAUCAGAAUGUUUCAAGCCAUUGUAGUGGAGCAAAUGGACAACAUUUUCUUGUCCCCAGCAGUUAACAGCAAUAGUUAACCAUUAAUGGUCUUUUUAUUCAGAAUUCCUGCUAUGGCAUGUAUCUUUUACCCUAAAAAUAUUAUUCACUAGUGCAUAGAAACAAGUGAACCACAAUGAAGUUUCAAAAAGUGUGUAUAUUGUUGCUUCAAAAUAAAGUCUUUUGUGAUUGUA